CUCUGCUCUCGUGUCGCUACUACUAACACUAAACCCACCUAUCCGAUAAUCCAGUGGAUGAUGUUUGAUUUGGACCCUAUGAUCUGGACGAGCUUCUACGAACAUCUUCCCUUCCCACUGAGACCAUCUGGUAAACGUUUCUUUUGGUUUAGUCCAAGUUGCAGGGCUGCCUUGACCACAAUCUUGGUCGUUCUUGCUCGUUUGGGUUCACCGGGAUCCACCGAGCAAUGAUUUAUACCUCGCUUCCUUGCUCGGGACAAGCUUCCACCACAGGCAUGAUGAACAAGUCUAUCCUUAUCCCGUGCCUCCUCUCCUUCCUUUUCCUUUCCCCUCCCUCUCUCGCAGAUGUCGGCACCGCCGCCUCCUACGGCCCGCCCUACCUCCCCACGGCGUGCUACGGGAGUGACGAGAGCCAGUUCCCGCCCAACAACCUGUUCGCGGCGGCGGGCGACGCGAUAUGGGACAAUGACGCCUCCUGCGGGAGGCAGUACCUGGUGAGGUGCCUCAGCUCCGCCACGCCGGGGGCGUGCACGGACGGCACGGUGCAGGUCAUGGUCGUCGACUACGCACCCUCGCUCGUCUCCGCCCCGUCUGCGGUGGGUGCAACCAUGGUUCUCUCGGAGACGGCUUAUGGGAUGAUAUCGCAGUCGUCAGCGAACGAGAUCAACAUAGAAUUCACACAGGUUUGAUUUGAGGGAAGAGAGACAGAAGGAAUCAAAUGUAUGUAUGUUUAUGGUUGGAUUUUUUUCGCUUCCUACAGCCUCUGUUUUGUCUUCUUCAUUAGUUGGCCAUUUGUCCCUUCACGUCAACUCAACAUGAUCUCUUUAUUACAGUUUGACCUUACAAUUUACCCGUACCA